UUGUCAGACACAACAUCCUCCUGCUUCAGAUAAUAUAGAGCAGGAUUAAGUCAACAAAUAUGUAUUCUAUAUAAUGUUCAUUUUAUAGAUGUAGACAUGUAACUAUAUAUGGAAAUGAUGCUCAAGAUAUGCCUAUUAUAAUGGAGGAAUUAUGUAGCGGCACUGCAAAAUUACAGAAACAUCUGGCAGUGCUCUGGCAGUCGUUUACCGUUUACUUUCUUUGUUUCUGUAAACAAGCUUUCAUGGCCUUCACAAGGCCCGAUCAAAGGCUUUUGGGGCGUCGCUGUGCCAGUUUCAAUAGAGGCCUUUGAUGUGGAAAUGAUCCUGUGAAUGUCGCCUCAGAAUCGUCCUGAGAUGCUCCAGAUCGAGCCGCUGCGCAGCCUUCUGGAGGACAAGUGGGACAGGUUUGCUUCCAAGUUAUUCUUGAUGAAUUUCCUGGUCUACCUGUCAUACCUGAGCAUCUUCACCUCUGUGGCCUUCUACAGGAAGGAAGGACAGCCACCUUUUCCCAUUGAAGAUGACCCGCUCGACUACAUUCGCUGCAUUGGCGAGCUCCUCAGUGUCCUUGGAGCUGCGUGGUUUUUCUAUAAAGCGUUAACUAUUUUCAAGAGGAACCCCCCAACCUUCAAAGCUCUGUACAUGAAUGGAUUAAUUGACAUUCUAUUUUUCCUGCAGGCGACGCUCCUCCUGAUCUGCACAGUGUUGUACUUCUGUGGGUUGAGAGAGUUCGUUGGACUCCUCGUGCUGUCGCUGGCUCUGGCCUGGAUCAAUGUUCUUUACUACUCAAGAGGCUUUAAACAACUGGGGAUGUACAGUGUCAUGAUGGAAAGAAUGAUCCUGGGUGACCUACUACAUUUUUUGUGUGUCUAUGGUGUAUUCCUUUUUGGCUUUUCUGCUGCUAUUGUAACCCUCAUAGAAGACUCUCCUGCAGCUCAUGAAAAGCUUCCUGAUGGCACUCCGGCACGUGGGAGGAGCUUUGAUGAUGAGCCGUUUGAGUGCAAGAAGCCAAGUUACAACGACCUCCGUUUCACAACGCUGGAGUUGAUGAAGUUCACUAUCGGAAUGGGAGACCUGGAGUUCACGGACCACGUUCAGUGCAAGGAAGUGUUCUACAUCUUGCUCAUCAUGUACAUAGUGCUCACUUACAUCCUGCUGCUCAACAUGCUCAUAGCCGUGAUGGGCAACACGGUUGAAAGAAUCUCCAAAGAAAGCGAAAACAUCUGGAACCUGCAGCGGGCCUUUACAAUUCUGGACAUGGAGAGGACUCUGCCGAGGUGCCUGAAGAGUAAGCUGUACUCCACGCUGUCGAAAAUAGUGUGUUUCAAAGACGAGCAGGGAGAGAGUCGAAGGUUCUUCAGGGUGGACGAAAUGAACUGGAGACAAUGGAGGUCAGAUGUUGGUUAUGUCCACGAGGAAGACCCCGGGGAAAGCAUGAUGAAGUCACAGCCCCCCAACCAAACUGCUGGGAUUCUGUGGAGGCCAAAUCCAGUCUUUGAGAGGAUCGGUGCUAGACAUCGCCAACAAACGCACACCACUUGUGUUUAGGUUCAGCACAACAUCCAAACCCAGAUCCAUUACAGUUACAAGUCUGAACUUUCACAUUCAGGGGAGCAUUUGCAGCCACAAUGGUCCCUUCCUUCUUAAAAAUGUUUUGUAUGCCAUGUCCACUUCAGAAAAACAUUAGUCUGUCUGUACUGUAUAUACUGUCAGAAUUAUACCUGUAGGAACACUAAUGCUCUUGUUUUGAAUGUCUUGGCUGAUAACAGAAAACAGGUUGAUCUUGACCAUAUGAAUGUGUUUGUAACAAAGACAGUCUCCCGUAAAAGCUCCGUGUUUGCAAACUUUAUUUUGGUUAGGGGGAAUGUUUGUGCAAGACAUUUUUAUUCCUGAAGGUUAGGCAAAACUGGAAUAUCACAUUUUCACAAAGUAGAGAAAGUAAGCCCCCCCUCCUCCACCACCGUUCACAACAGGAUACAUCUUCAAUUGAUCAAAGACAAUCGGAUUAAUCAGAGUAAAAAUCAAUCUAGAGGGUCGUCUCAUACCUGUGUCCCAAUAGAUAUUGCCAUCAAGUCGGCUAGAUGAGAUUCUUACACGUCCACGUGUACUGUGUGAUAAUAGUGUGAAAGGAAUCACAGAACAUGCAAAGUUCCAGGUAGAACAUCUGAAUCUGUCUUGGCCGAAACAAAAUUGGGGUGCACUGUGCAGAGAGGAACCACUCACUCUAGAUUUAUUUUUAACACUCCGUUCACAUCUUUACUUCACAAGAUUUUCUUUAAGCGUGACAAACGAGGGCAGCGGCUCUGCUUUAUGUCACCGGGUUGCUGCUCAGUACGGUCAGAACAUCAGUUCCCGAUACAAACUCGCCGAGGCUUUUAGGCCGGGGUGGUUACAGAGAAGGGACGCUUGGUCACUUUGGUCAGUGAGUCAGCAGCAAACAGUUCACACAUCCUGACGGCGUCGAGGAGUCGUGGCACACUUCAGGACUUCUAGUCCAUGACACAGUAUCAGUAGUUAUAACUAAGUAGCUUGGUCCCCCGUCAGAGAUUAACUUUGUGCGCGUUGUCGGCGCGCACACACCUGUGUGCAAGUACCCAAGCUUAACAUACACACACAAGCACCCAUUCCCACAUUUCUCCAUACUAAGCCCAGUGGAGGCACUUCAUAUGAAACUGUAGAACCUGACUAUGUCGGGCUGUAACGAGGCAGUUCAAAAAUAAACCGGGCAGGCCUGUCGGAUCGAUUAGUGUUGAUUUAAGGUUGAGAAACCCACACGGGCCUGCAAUGCAGUGGGUCAAACUCCUGAAAAUCACUGCCAUUCUGAGUCCUAGUCAGUUAUUACAUAGAUUUGGAAUAAAGAAUAGACCAAAUCUUCACCAUGCGUCCACCCCAUGAAUAGGAACUUAUUUUCACUGAUACAGCCCAUACACAUUACUAUUCACACACACACACACAAAUCAUACUAGUGUGUUCAGAUUAAAAGUCUAUAGCAGCUUUAAGGGGCAGGCACAUCAAAAAUGAGAACCAGGAAAGAAAACUGCCAUUAAGUAUAAAGACCAAAACACAGAAAAGCUACGGCUCGCAUCUAAGCUGUCUCUCUUUCUGCAGACGGCGGAUCAGCAGCUCUUCCUCCCUUUUGACCUGUACUGUGUGUUUCUGAGCACAAAUCAGAGAACGGAGAACAAAGCAAAGAAAAGCUCAGCGCUGGGAAAGACGUCAGAUUAACGGACAAUUCAGC